AUGAACAUAACUAUUCGUGAAAUUCAAGUGGAUGUUGCUCGUCACAUGAUGCAAAUUUCACCCAAUGAUACUCAAGUAAGAAAUAUCGUCAUGCAAAUGAAUAUGGGUGAAGGAAAAACGUCCGUCAUUAUACCCAUGUUAGCACUUAGUUUAUGUUCACCUUUAUCAAGUUUGGUUCGUGUCGUAGUUUUGAAAUCAUUAUUUCAUAUGAAUUAUCAAUCAUUAAGAUUUAAAUUGGGAGGUUUAUUGAAUCGGCGUAUUUUUUCAUUUGCUUGUCGUCGUAAUAUGGAUUUCAACCAUAUCCAAGUGAAUCAAAUCUUUGAUCGACUUCAACAAGGAUUACAUCGUUGUGAUAUCAUAUUAAUUUCACCUGAAGCCAUUCUUUCGUUUGAUUUGUUGAUGAUCGAUAAAUGUCGACGACACGAAUUUGACACGGCUCGUUCAAUGUUAAUAGUACAAAGAUGGUUGAAAACAUUUGCUCGAGAUGUUUUAGAUGAAUCGGACGAAAUUUUACAUUGUAAAUAUCAAUUAAUUUAUACAGUUGGUGCUCAACAACAAGUGGACGGAGGCGUGGAACGCUGGAAACUCAUUCAAUUGAUAUUGAACUCUGUUCAAAAAUUUGCUGCAGACAUUGCACAAAGUGAUCCUGAUGAUAGUUGCUAUAAAUCACCGAAAUGCAAAAGUGCUUUUCCGGAAUUUCGGUUAUUAUCACAUCAACCAUAUGCUAAAUUAUCUGCAAAAAUUGUUCAUGAUUGGCUCAAUCAGAAAUCAUAUCGAAAAACGGAUAAGCAGACUAUUUUAUCAUUCAUUUUCGAUAUGAAUACCUCGGUCGAUGCUCUUGUCCAUCGAUUCUCAUCGAAUGAUAUUCAAUCGUUUCUUAUUAUUCGUGGUUUACUAUCAACAGAAGUCUUAUUAGUUGCUUUGAAGAAACGUUAUCGAGUUCAUUAUGGUGUCAAUUCCCAUACCAGUUUUAAUCGAUUGAUGGCCGUACCGUUUCGAGCUAAGGACGUUCCUGCAGAAAGGACCGAAUUCGGUCAUCCGGAUAUUGCACUUGUUCUGACACAACUUUCGUACUACUAUAGUGGUUUGAAUGAUUCGCAAAUGAUUCAAUGCUUCAAUCGUUUAAGUGAAGAAGAACGAGAUCCGGAAUCGAUCUAUGAUGAAUGGAUUUCACAGGAAGAUGAAAAUGAUGUUCCUCAAACAAGAACUCCGUCCAAUCUUGCUUACUCUACGCUACAAUAUGUUAGUGAUCAAUUAUUUCUUGAACCACUUUGUCUUUCCUCGAGAAGCGAAACAGUUUCCUCAUAA